AUGACGGAAGACACGGCGACGCGAGCAACAAGAAAGACGAAGAAGCAGUUUACGAGAGAGGGGGACGCUCAACCAGCAACGACUCAAUCAACCUUAACAGACACAAUUGAAGAUCCAAGCGGAACCGGACCAUCGACUGAAAGCGAGCACUUAAGUAAUGAUACACCAGCUGUCAUAGACCUCUCCCAAGUCGAAGGGAGAGAAGACCAGAGGAAAGAUGCAUCAAAGGAUAUCGAUCGCGAAGACGAUGACAUCGAAGGACAACUCACUAAGAACAGCAGACAAAUGCCUGACACCUUAUCUGCCUACCGCAAUCUCCUCUUGACAACGGAUGACCCAGGACCGUUGCUGGUAGUAAAUCAAGCACUACCUAACCAAGAGAAGCCCAAGGCGGCGUCAUUAUCAGACAAGGAGAUCCUGUGGAAUCAGAUCUGCGAUGCAAAGUCCGCAAACGAUGAGCCGAACGCGGAGUUUCUACUCAGGAUCUACCUAGCGCUACCCAAAGAUGGACCAUCAAACACACCUUUGGACGUACUCAUCGCACCGACAGGGAUACAUCGCUCAAACUCUGCCACAGCUGCAUUACCGACGCAAAAGCACCCAGAUAAAAAUAUUAAUUUUUUCAGAGGAUCGGUCCCUAACCAUUGCGACAUAGGUUUCACUCCGUUCUUCGAUAAGAACAUCCGCGAAUUUAGAGGCCCUUUACCUCUCACCAUCUUCGACAAAGAAUGGCAAGAAGAAGCAGUCUCUUUCCACUCUGGCAAGAGGUUGAAAACCGACAAGAAGGAUGGUAUCUAUACAGGCUAUGAAUAUCCGAACGAAUGGACGCAAUCGUUCAGCGCAUGGACCAACAACUUCAGAAGUUUCCUCAUCACCUACAGAGACAUCUACAAAAUCCCAGAGUUUGCAGAUUGGAUCGUCGAACACAAAGCAAAUGUGGACGAAAUCAUUGUGGCAGAUGGUUUCCUAACAGGCUUCAGAUACGACAUGAUUGUCAGGGCGAACGCUUUCGCUUAUCGGGUCGAGACAGAAAAGGGAGCGUCGGUCGUAGACAUAUCAGUAAUGAGGAAAGAAGUACGAGAAAAGGCCUGGGAAAUCACAAGGAAGCUAGACGAACUUGACUUCUCGGAUAACCCUUAUGCCUAUGGGGGCGUCAAAUUUGGUUUCGACCCAAAAACCGGAAGACCGAAACUGGCAAAAGGUCAUAAGUCAGCCUCAGACAUUAUCAACCACGUACCAGUUGGCCCGUCUGAAAAAACCGGAUUCAGGGGCAAUACUUCAAGAAACUGA